AUGUAUUUUGUGCAAUUAAUAUCGGUGCUGGUUUCGAUGAAAGUCUCAAAUGUGCGCAGUCGGGGCGUUCUGCAAAGCUAUGAACUCGACGAAUCUCGAAUGCUAGGUGAACCAUCCUAUUUAAUAGACACUGUUAUGAAACGCUAUGAUAAGCGGAUUCGCCCAUUCGCCGAAACCAACCGACCCGUCAUUAUUCACAUGACAAUUGUGUUGGGAAUUCUAACAGAAGUGAGGGAAAACCAACAAGUUGCUUCAUUUGUUAUCUCACAUGUACAAAAAUGGCGGGACCCAAAGCUGGCGUGGGAUCCAAAGAAUCACAAUGGAAUCACACAGGUGGUGAUGCCGAGGAGUCUUGUGUGGGUCCCAAAGCUUUUCAUAUACAACAGCAUGGAUACCAAGGACAUGCUGACCGAUGAUCGCUACGACGUUCGGGUUCAGCACACCGGUCAUGUAAAGGUCAACAGUCCGCAGUAUGUCAGCACUCUGUGCCGCAUUAACAUCGAUCUUUUUCCAUUUGACACCCAGUUUUGCGCGAUUGCCCUUGCGAGCCCUCUUCUCUCCGUUGAAGAAAUGGAUGUCAACGCAACUCAGCCGCCGGUCGAUUCAUACUUUUCGGGAAACGCCGAAUGGCAAGUGAUGAAUGUCACCGUGAAGCAGAUGAAGUUCAUGGAAGACGGCGAGUUUCGCGCAGAGGUGCACUACAUUCUUCACCUCAAUCGACGGCCAACAUACUACAUCACCGUCAUCGUUGUGCCGACGUUUCUCAUCUCAGCGCUCUCCAUACUCGGCAUCUUCUCGCCCGGCUCGAACGAUGGUCUGCGCAACGAGAAGGUCUCGCUUGGUCUCGGCUCGCUGCUCGCCAUGACCGUCCUACUCGACAUUGUUGCCGGCGCAAUGCCCAAAAGCGAUGCAAUUCCACUUUUGGGCUACUAUAUAAUGAUGGUGAUAUUACUCUGCGCCAUUGGUGUCGCCGUCUCAAUGGCGAUGCUCUCAAUGUCGCGAAGCUGCAUUCAAACCGCCAAAAUGCCGCCGCCCCACUAUUAUCGAUUGCUCUUCCUCAACGUGUGUCGUGUCGUCAAACAAAACGGCCUUCUCGCUCAGCCGAUCAACGAGAAGCCAACGACAAUCACCCCAAAGUUCCCCGACCUCAUAUCAAUCUACAAUCAGCUCGUUGAAGUCGCGCGAGCGCAAAAAGCAUAUCGUGAGCGUAUCGAGAAGCAAAAAUGGCAAAGCCGCGUCGAAAUCGAAUGGAACAAAAUUUUCGCGCGAAUCGACUUCUUCUUUCUAUUCCUGUUCCAAAUGUUCAAUGUUCUCAUUCUCGUCCUCUUCUUGAGAUACGCUUUUUUACCAGUUCCCCCAUUACCGGAAAACUUUUCAAUCUAG